AUGGGCUUAUCUGCACCAGAUGUAGCAGCGAAGAUGGCUGCAUUCGGACUGAGCAGUUUAUCAGCUCUCGGACUUGGUCGUGGUCAAACGGGGAUUGGUGCUGCCUUAGAAAACAUUAAAGCUCAGAGUAAAAGCAGUUCUGCACAAAGUGAACUGAUGACUUCAUCAACUAAUCAGGUGAUUACCAAUUUACUCCGAGAUGACAUCCAGGGAGUUCGACUGACUAAGGAUGAAAUCCACAGGGUAUGUGUCGUACUUGUGACGGCGGCAUUUUGCCUGAAAACCGUUGAAGAUUUGGAGAAACGCUUAAAACAAGAAGUCAGACCACCUAGUUGGGCUUCAAAAAUAUCAUUCGCCUCUGAACUCGACGGCUUAGCUACCUGCAGAUCUCUCUGUGCCCAACGGUUGGUUGCAGACUUGGAAGCUGGAGUUGAACCCCAGUUGACAGCAAUGCCACGUUUGCCUUGGAAUAGCUUUGUGCAAGUGGGAGACCAGAGUGGAUAUGUUACGGAAAUUGUAAAUUACCUGCGUAUUCAAAUUCCUUUAAUAAGAGAAACUUUAUACACCAUAAGGCCAGCUUUCACUCAGAUAUGUAUAAAAUUCGCCGAUGCACUUAUCACGAGAUUCGUUAGUUCCUUGUACCUUUGCAAACCGGUCAAUACUUUCGGAGCUGAACAGCUUCUCUUAGAUACUCAGUCACUAAAGGCUUCUCUGCUUCAGAUGCCUCUUUUUGGUACCAAGUUUGUUCAAACGCCUCCUCGGAGCUUUACAAAUUUAGUUCAUGAAGGAAUGGGAAAAGCGGAACGUAUCAUCAAAGCAGUUAUGCUGCCAGUUGGAGUUGCCAUGUCAGGAAAGCAAGAGUCAAUAACUCCUCCAAGUGGAUUUGUAAUGGGUCCAGUAGAUACAAAUGCAGCAAACGUAUUCUUAGCUAGUUAUGAACAGUUGUUACCAGAUCUAACGCAAACUGACCUACAAAAUGUUUUAGAUAUGAAGGGUGUAAAGUUCAGUGAACAGCAGUUAAUUUUGGAAAUAUUUCGUAGCCGAAAUGAAUUGAAAUGCAGUAUGAAAGAAGCGAAUGAUAAUACACUAUCUUUAUCCUCUGUAGUUAAUACUAUUACCACGUCUACUUGCACCAGUGCACCACCUCACACCAACUUUACGCUACCGGCUGUUGGCGCUACAACCACUACUUCUCUUACGAGUGUAACAAAUUCUUCAAAUACUCAGUUCGAAAAGUCAAAGAAUGCAGAGUCAACGUUACCAAAUCCGUUUGGAUCAUUCACUACCACAGAAGAGAAACAAUUAACAGACGAUAAAAAAGGAAAAUUAGAAAAAUUACUGAACAAAAGGCGAUGA